AUGGCGAGCUCCAUAGCGUACAGAUUGGCUAUUGUUGUUGCUUUCAUCGCAGUUCUCUAUCAGUUUCUUUUCAAGCGCAUUAUAUUCGAUGUUGCCGGUUACGGACGCUCCGUAUCGACAAUCGAUGCAUUCAAUGCAACUUGUGAAAGAAUGGACAAUCUUGGCAUUGAAGCUUGUGAAGAUAUGUGGCUUCAUCAUGCCACUGGAUACCUAUAUAUGGCCUGUUCCAAUGUUGAGAAUCGUUUAAACUGGCUCCCGGCUGCUGACCGUCUGAAUGCUUCCGGACGAGGUCUAACAGACAAAAUCGCUAUCUUAGAUACCCGAGGAGAAGGCUCUUUAGAGUCUCGGCUUCGGUGGUUGACAACCGAGAAUUUCUCUGGCAACAACGGAGAAGGUACCUUUGACCUCCAUGGUUUUGACAUUCGCCCAGAUGCGAAGACUGAUACCUUACAUAUUCUUCUCGUCAAUCAUCGAAUACCAAUAGAUCCUACCACAGGUGCCCCUCUUGAUGCUUUCAGUCUAGGUGCAAAUUCUACCAUUGAGCUGUUUCAUAGCAAAGUUGGAAGUGGUUCUAUGAGGCACGUGAGGACAUAUGCGGAUCCCGCAAUCCAAACUCCAAAUCAAGUGGCCUGGGUAGACGACAAUGCUUUCGUAUUCUCAAAUGAUCAUAGUGUGAAGGUCGGAUUACGCCGCCACCUUGAUCUGUUCCUCGGUGGUGGGAGUAUUGGUUACUGCGAUUCAAAUGUAAAUCACUGCAAUGUGGCUUACUCUAGUGGACUGGGUGGCCCAAAUGGGCUAGUUACGGGGCGUGAUGGCCUAAUAUAUGUCCCAAAUCCACUUAUUCAUGAAAUCCAGAUCUUUUCACUUACCGAGCAGAAGACUCUUCUGAAAUUGGACACGGUGCAAACACCAUACCUAGUCGAUAAUUUGAGUGUCGACGAAAAUGGAGACCUUAUAGCUGGGUCAUUUCCCCAAGUCUACAAAUGGUCACAAAGUUUGGAUGACCGGUCAGUCAAAGUUCCUGGAGCAGCAGUACGAAUUCGAAGAAAAGGGGCCAAUUUUGAACGCAUGAUGAGAGAGGGAAUAAGAGAAGGGAAAGAUCUCGGUAAGAGUACGGAUGGCUACGUUGUUGAGACUCUAGUGGAAGAUGACGGAACUAUUUUGUCUGGAACAACGACCGCCGUCCAUGAUGCGAGAACGGGAAAGUUAUAUCUUGGGGGAGUCACGACCCCAUUUAUUAUGACUUGUGAGAUGAAGGUCUAA